AUGCCAAAUAAUAACCACAAGUAUGAACCAUCAACCAUCAACACAAUCUCGAUAUCAUCAUCUGUGUUGUUAUCAUUACUCAGACACACUUCAGAACACUAUCCAGCCUUAUUUUCAGGUGCAUUAUUGGGAUUUGAAGAUGAAAAAACAAUUGAUAUAACUCAUGGUUUCCCGUACCCUUACCCAGAUCAAUAUGAAGGUGGAUCUUUUAAAUCAAGAUCAGGUAGUCAAUACCAAAAGGAUUUAUUAGAAAAUUUCAAAAAAUUAGGCUAUGGAGUUGAAUUUCAAGGUUGGUUUCAAUCAACAAUUUCAGGAAAUUUUGUAACUACACAAUUAAUUGAAGGAUUAGCACAACAACAAUUAAAUAAUUCAAAUAUUUUUAUUUUAAUUCAUGAUAUGUCAAGUAUAGGACAAGAAGUAAAUUUAAAAGCUUUAAGAUUAUCAACUGGAUUUAUGAAUGCUUAUAUUGAUGGGAAAUGGAAAUCAAAAGAUUUAGAAAAAAAUAAAAUAUCAUAUUUAAAUAUAUUUGAUGAAUUAGAAAUAAAAAUACAGAAUCAAGCAUUAACUGAAUUAUACCUUACAACAACAAAAGAACCAAAAACAACAGAAUCAGAAUUACAAAUUUUAAAUUUAUUAUCAAAUUCAAAUUCAACAUCACAAUUAUUAGAAUCAUUAUAUUCUCAAGUAGAUUCUUUUAAUUAUGAUCAAAAUAAUUUUAAUUAUUAUCAAAGACAAUAUCAAAAAGAAGGUUCAAAAAUACAACAAUGGAAACAACAAAGAAAAUAUGAAAAUUUAGAAAGAGCUAAAAAUGGAGAAAAAGAAAUUGAAAAUAAUGAUGAAUGGAAAUCACUUUUUAAAUUACCUGUUGAACCUUCAAGAUAUAAUAAUCUUUUACAUAGUCAAUCUAUUGAUUUAUUAGCUGAUGAUAUAUUAAAAAAAUGUGAUGAAGAAUUACAAAAAUCUUUUGCAAUUAAUAGAAAAUUAACUUUAUAG